ACCCUCCAUCGUUGAGGUAAGAGAUUUUGGUGCAGGAUUUUUUCAGGGAAGAGAAGUCUUUGAAUUCUAACUUGUGAUGGAGGUGGGGGGCAUGAGAGUGGUGUACAGGACAAGAAGGAAUAACUCCAUUGACGUUGCUGUUGCGCAUGAUAUCUAGGGACUCUUUUCAAAACAUCUGUAAGCAAGGUUGAUAAUAUGAAUGCACAGAUUAGCCUACAAUAACAUUUGUUAUUGUGACUUUAUCACUUGAUAAUUUCGACACUGCCAUAGUAUAUCUAAAUUGCCUAUCUUUGUGAUAAUGAAAGUGGGACAAUAUACAUGUUUGUAAGCGGUUAAUAAUCAUGUCUCUACAUUCAGUUUUUGAUUCUGUUAACUGUCCCUGGAAAAUGGUAAUAGAGGAACAUUGAGAUAGGCAGUGCACAAAGUUUCUCCAAAAGGCAUUCAUAACCUUUGACUUUAAUAUGACAUUGUGUUUGAAAUUAAUACCCAUUUAUUUUAUGAUAUAAACCUUGAUGACCUGACUUUUGGGUCAUAUUGUGUAAUUCAAUCUCAUGGAAUAAAGCGUCAAUAAGGUUCAUAAGAAUUGGAUGAAUCAUGUUAUCACCCUAGUUUCGAGGAAGAGUAAAGCAACCCCAGAAAGCUAGUCACCAAUGAUAAACUGCUCAUUUUACGACCGAGAGUGACCGGUGGGAGGUCUAGUAUUGAGUAGUUCUACAAGUAAGGCAAUACUUACUCUGUUUGGGCUCUUUAGGUCCUGAAAAUCGUAAAUCAAGUCGGACUUGUUAGUGUUUGAGCUUUGAGGUGGCUGGGUCGUUAUCCACUGUCCUUUUCUCUGUUUUGACCCCCCUUCAGGCAGUCGUGAUGGCUUCCUGCACGGUGUCUAUCCUCUUCCUGUUCCCUCUAAUCGCCGCCAUGUCAGCAGAAGAACCACCAGGCUGCAAGAUCCGGAUCACCAACAGGGGGCUCGAAAUGUGUAAGAAAUUCACCCCAAAAACACUCUUGUUAAUGUGUUCUUAAUAGUUUUCAACAGUCUACAAUGGUCCCAGACAGUCUUCAAUGGUCAGUCUUGACCAAAGGAAGACGUCAUUUCCGCUGCAUUGCCACUAUCAGCAUUUUGCUCUACCAAAGCACCGUCAUCCAUUUAGCCCCUCUCAGUUGUCUGGGUUGUCUGCUUAAGGUAUUCACUAGGUAGCUCUAGACUCUAAACUCAAACUCCUUCAAACCUGUCUUUCAGUGAAGUAUGAGACCCAGAAGUUUGUGGUUGAGGAACUGAGCAACAUCACCAUGCCAGAGAUGAAGGGCAAAGAGGGCCACUUCCAGUACACCAUCAAAGAGUAAGCCCUGGGAUCCAUCCACGUUAUUGCUCAGAAGUUGCUGCCAUCCAAUUGCUCCAGAUCCCUUUUAUAUGAGUGCCUAUCAUGGAACUGUGAGCAGAGUCUGCAUUGGUUGAUGUUCCAAGAAUCUGGAUUUCUAAAAGACGACCUAUAAAGUUUAGCAACUGGACAUGAUCUUUUAAGAGAUAAAGACGCUCUAGCCUCGUAAACCAGACAGAUGGCUUAGCUCACUACAUGAAAUGAAAAAGGAUCAUAAUAAUAUAAUAUGCCAUGCGCAUGGCGAUCUGUCUGGUUGAAGAGGCUAGAACUGCUUUAUCUUCUAGAAAUAUGGGUUCUUGGAAAAUCAACCCAAUGUAGAAAGUAUUUCUACCCACUCACUGUUUCUGUAUUGGCCAACUUCAACCAAUUGGCAACCAGGCUACAGGAUUCACUAGUACAUUUCAAGACACAUAUCUAGUGACUUUCAAGUAUCAGCCCAAGCACUGAUCCGAGUCUCUUCCUUCCUGUGGGUCAGGGUGAAGAUAAAUGAGCUGAACCUGACAUACGCUGACCUGGCCUUCCAGCCUGGCCUAGGACUGCUCUUCGCGGUGCAGAACUCUUCCAUCGCUCUCAGCUUCCAGAGACACAUCUUAUAUUGGUUCUUGUGAGUCCUUCUCGCUAUCCACUACUGUCUCUCUUUCUAGCCUAGUGCAUUUAAGUCCCCCCUCUACCUCAGCUCACUCCUCAACAUCUCCAAUACCAAUAGCAACCUGCUAUUAGAUAUACAGUGCCUUUAGAAAGUAUUCACACCCCUUGACCUUUUCCACAUUUUGUUGUGUUACCGCCUGAAUUUAAAAUUGAUUAAAUUUAGAUUUCUUGUCAGUGGCCUACACACAAUACCCCAUAAUGUCAAAGUGGAAUUAUUUAGAAAUGUAUACAAAUCAGAUCAAAAAUGAAAAGCUGAAAUGUCUUGAGUCAAUAAAUAUUGAACCCCUUUGUUAUGGCAAACCUAAAUAAGUUCAGGGGUAAACAUUUGCUUAACAAGUCACAUAAUAAGUUGCAUGGACUCACUCUGUGUGCAAUAAUAGUGUUUAACAUGAUAUUUUAAUGACUACCUCAUCUCUGUACCCAUCACAUACAAUCAUCUGUAAGGUCCCUCAGUCGAGCAGUUAAUUUCAAACACAGAUUCAACCACAAAGACCAGAGAGGUUUUUCAAUGCCUCACAAAGAAGGGCACCUAUUGGUAGAUGGGUAAAAAAAAAAGCAAACAUUGAAAAACCCUUUGAGCAUGGUGAAGUUAUUAAUUACACUUUGGAUGGUGUAUCAAUACACCCAGUCACUACAAAGAUACAGGCAUCGUGCCUAACCCAGUUGCCGGAGAGGAUGAAAACCACUUUGGUAUUUCACCAUGAGGCCAAUGGUGACUUUAAAACAGUUACAGAGUUAAAUGGCUGUGAUACGAGAAAACUGAGGAUGGAUCAACAACAUUGUAGUUACUCCACAAUACUAACCUAAUUGGCAGAGUGAAAAGAAGGAAGCCUGUACAGAAUACAAAUAUUCCAAAACAUGCAUCCUGUUUGCAACAAGGCACUUAAGUAAUACUGCAAAAAAUGAGGCAAAGCAAUUCACAUAUUCUUAUUUACAAUGACGGCCUACAAAGUGUUAUGUUUGGGGAAAAUCCCAUACAACACAUCACUGUGUACCACUCUCCAUAUUUUCAAGCAUAGUGGUGGCUGCAUCAUGUUAUGGGUAUGCUUGUAGUCGUUAAGGAUCGUUAAGGACUUUUUUCAGGAUAAAAAAGAAACAGAAUGGAGCUAAGCACAGGCAAAACCCUAGAGGAAAACCUAGAUCAGUCUGCUUUCCACUAGACACUGGGUGAUGAAUUCACCUUUCAGCAGGACAAUAACCUAAAACACAAGGCCAAAUCUACACUGGAGUUGCUUACCAAGAAGACAGUGAAUGGCUGAGUGGCUGAGUUACAGUUUUGACUUAAAUCUACUUGAAAAUCUAUGGCAAGAACUGAAAUGGGUUGUCUAGCAAUGAUCAACAUCCUAUUUGACAGAGCUUGAAGAAUUUUGAAAAGAAUAAUGGGCAAAUGUUGCACAAUCCAGGUGUGGAAAGCUCUUAGAGACUUGCCCAGAAAGACUCACAGCUGUAAUCGCUGCCAUAGGUGCUUCAACAAAGUAUUGACUCAGGGGUGUGAAUACUUAUGCAAAUGAGAUAUUUCUAUAUUUAAUUUUCAAUACAUUUAUAAACAUUUAUAAAAACAUGUUUUCACUUUCUAUGGGGUAUUGUGUGUAGAUGGGUGAGAGAAAAAACUGCAAUUUAAUCAAUUUUGAAUUCAGGCUGUAACACAACUAAAAUGUGGAAUAAGUCAAGGGGUAUGAAUUAUUUCCGAAGGCAUUGUAUCACACUGGUCAUUCCCAAAGCACGCACUUCCUUUGGCCGUCAUUUAUUUCAGUUUUCCGCCUCCAACGACUGGAACAAGCUGCAAAAGCUCCUCAAACUUGACACAUUCGUCCCAUCAUACUCCUUCAAAAACAUGAACUGAGCUGCUAUCUGAUCAAAGUACCUGCUGAUAAUUAAGUCUGCUGUGUUGCCUUGGACUUUUCUGCUCUAACAAAUUGUGAAUAUUUCUGUAUAGUGUGUUUUAUUUUUAGUGGUAUUGUGUGUUGUCCUGUUCACUGUUGCAAUGUUAUGCCUCUUGGCCAUGUCGUUAUUGUAAAUGAGAAUUGGUUCUCAAUUAACUUAUCUGGUUAAAUAAAGAUGAAAAAAAAAAUGUAUCAAGAAAAGACUGCAAAAUAAUGCCUGUGGUUAAAUACUGACAAUGGUAUCUGUAGAGCCUUGAGGAGUUCAGUCAUGCAGAGGUACGCUAGAUUGAUGAGUCAUCUUCCAUCUUCUUUGACAUCAAACUUCAAAGAGGAUGUCCAAGGAGAGUGUCUUGGUGUCACGGAUUCUGCCGAGGCUGCUCCUCCUCCUUGCUCGGGCAGGCUUCGGCGUUCGUCGUCCCCGGAGUACUAGCUACUGCCGUUCGAUGUUAUCGGUGUUUGUUUAGUUUUGUCUGUAUUGUUUACACCUGUUCGUCAUUAUGUUAAUUGUUUCCCUUAUAAUUACCCCUGUCUCUCAUCUGUACUUUGUGUGUGAUUGUUUUCCCCUUCACGGUUGUCUAUUUUGUGAGCGGGUUAUUUCUUCCCUGCGUUGAGUUAUUUUCUGUGUCCUUUUGGAUCUAUUUCGUAUUAUAAGUACGUAUCCGAGAGUUCUGUGUCCUGCGCCUGACUUCGUUUACCGCAUCUCACAGACAGUCGUGACUGAAUCACACACCUUACCAUGGAGUCAGCAGGAGCGACGGCACCGACUGGAUCACUCGAGGAGCGCGUCCUACAACAGGCAGCGAUGCUCCAAAAUCUUGGUGCCGCUAUGGAUAAUGUUAUGAACACUUUGGGACGAUGGGAGAGAGGAGGUUUGCCCACACCUCCUCCAACGAUACCACCACCAUCGGCUACUCCUAUCGUCUCACAUCCGGAGUCCAGUGGGAUUCGGCUCUCGCUCCCGAGGGCUUAUGAUGGCACCGCAGCCGGGUGUCAGGGUUUCCUGCUCCAGGUGGAACUUUACCUGGCAACCAUUCACCCGGCACCCUCGGGAUACGAGAGCGUGUCCGCCCUCAUCUCCUGUCUGUCCGGCAAGGCACUGGAGUGGGCCAACGCCGAGUGGGGAGGGAUAGACGCCGCUACUGUGAACUAUGCGGAGUUCACCCGCUUCAGGGCAGUGUUCGAUCAUCCCCCGGAGGGGAAGGUGGCGGGUGAGCGUCUAUUCCACCUCAGACAGGGGAGGAGGAGCGCGCAGGAAUUCGCACUGGACUUCCGGACUCUGGCUGCCAAUUCGGGAUGGAAUGAGAGGGCCCUCAUCGACCACUACAGAUGCAGCUUGAGGGAGGACGUUCGUCGAGAGCUGGCCUGUAGGGAUACCAACCUAAGCUUCGAUCAGCUGGUGGACAUGUCGAUUCGCUUGAAUACCCUGUUGGCUACCCGCGGAUGUCCAGCGCUGGGGCCGUCCAUUCCAUCCCCCAGCACCUCCGAGCCGAGCCCUAUGGAGCUCGGGGGUGCUGGUAGUAGGGAGGCCAGGAAGGAGGCUGUCCCCUGCACCAACUGUGGCCGCCGAGGACACACGGCGGUUCGGUGCUGGGGAGUGUCUCCUCGGAUUCGAGGCAGCAGGCAGCGCACUGAUGAGUCAUUCCUGGUGAGUAAGGUCCCAACUCACCCAGAGCUCUCUGCUGUUCAUAUGUGUAUCCAAGUGAUGUUUCCAGAAGUUUCUUCUUACUCCCAGCAUAAGGCGCUAGUCGAUUCAGGCGCAGCUGGGAAUUUUAUCGAUCGCCAUUUCUCAUAUAAGUUAGGGAUCCCUAUAUUACCAGUCGAUGUGCCCUUCCCUAUCCAUGCCCUAGAUAGCCGGCCUUUGGGGUCGGGAUUGAUUAGGGAGGUCACAGCGGCACUGAAGAUGAAAACGCGGAAGGGUCAUGAGGAGACUAUACAGUUGUAUUUAAUUGACUCUCCUGCGUUUCCAGUGGUGUUGGGACUUCCCUGGUUAAUAUCUCAUGGACCCCAACAUUUCAUGGCAACAGAGGGCUCUCAAGGGAUGGUCUGAUCAGUGUGUGGGGCGGUGUGUAGGUGUUUCCGUAGGGGCAACGACGGUGGAGAGUCCGAACCAAAUGCCCACAAUGCACAUUCCUCCUGAGUAUGCCGAUUUGGCAAGCGCCUUCUGUAAGAAGAAGGCGACUCAAUUACCACCUCAUCGACAGGGGAAUUGUGCGAUGGACCUCCAGGUUGGCGCGGCGCUCCCUCGCAGCCAUGUGUAUCCUCUGUCUCAGGAGGAGACGGCUGCUAUGGAGACAUACGUCGCCGAAUCCUUGAGACAGGGAUACAUACGGCCUUCCACUUCUCCUGCGUCCUCAAGUUUCUUUUUUGUGAAGAAGAAUGAUGGGGGUUUACGCCUGUGUAUUGAUUACCGUGGUCUCAAUCAGAUCACUAUUAAAUACAGCUAUCCUCUCCCUCUGAUUGCUAGUAUGACGGAGUCAUUACACGGGGCGCACUUCUUCACAAAAUUGGAUCUCAGGUGCGCUUACAACCUGGUGCGCAUUCGGGAGGGAGAUGAGUGGAAAACAGCCUUCAGUACCACCUCGGGUCACUAUGAGUACCUCGUCAUGCCAUACGGUCUAAUGAAUGCUCCUUCAGUCUUCCAAUCAUUUGUAGACGAGAUUUUCCGGGAUUUGCAUGGACAGGGGGUAGUGGUGUAUAUUGAUGACAUUCUGAUAUACUCCGCUACACGUACCGAGCAUGUGUCCCUGGUACGUCGGGUGCUGGGUAGACUGUUGGAGCAUGAUCUGUAUGUGAAGGCAGAGAAAUGUCUGUUUUUCCAGGAGUCCAUCUCCUUCCUGGGACACCGGUUGUCUGCGUCAGGGGUGGAGAUGGAGAUUGACCGCGUUUCAGCCGUGCGUAAUUGGCAGACUCCAACUACAGUAAAGGAGGUGCAGCGGUUUUUUGGGUUUUGCCAAUUACUACCGGAGGUUUAUCCGGGGUUUUGGACAGGUAGCGGCUCCCAUUACCUCCCUGCUAAAGGGGGGCCCGGUGCGUUUGCAGUGGUCGGCUGAGGCGGACAGGGCGUUUAGUCAUUUGAAGGACCUGUUCACUUCAGCUCCGGUGCUGGCACAUCCGGAUCCCUCUUUGGCGUUCCAAGUCGAGGUGGAUGCGUCCGAGGCGGGGAUCGGUGCUAUACUGUCUCAGCGCUCGGGCACGCCUCCAAAACUCCGCCCCUGUGCUUUCUAUUCUAAGAAGCUCAGUCCGGCGGAGCGCAAUUAUGACGUGGGGGACAGGGAGCUGCUAGCUGUGGUCCAGGCCCUGAAGGUGUGGAGACAUUGGCUUGAGGGGGCUAACCACCCUUUUCUCAUUCUGACUGACCAUCGUAACCUGGAGUACAUCCGGGCAACGAAGAGACUGAACCCUCGUCAGGCUAGGUGGGCCAUGUUUCUGGCCCGGUUUGUCUUUAAGAUCACGUAUAUCCCCGGGUCACAGAACGUUAAGGCAGACGCCCUGUCCCAACGAUAUGACACAGAGGAGAGGGUCCAUUGAGCCCACUCCCAUACUACCGGAGUCUUGUCUCGUGGCACCGGUGGUGUGGGAGGUCGACACGGAAAUCGAGCGGGCAUUACGUACAGACCCUUCUCCCCCAGAGUGUCCAGAGGGACGGAGGUACGUGCCGCUCGAGGUCCGUGACCGACUGAUUUAUUGGGCUCACACGUCACCCUCCUCUGGUCAUCCUGGUAUUGGUCGGACGGUGCACUGUCUUUGCGGGAAGUACUGGUGGCCCACCUUAGCUAAGGACGUGAGAGUUUACGUUUCUUCCUGCUCGGUGUGCGCCCAGUGUAAGGCGCAUAGACACCUGCCCAGGGGGAAGUUACAACCUCUCCCCGUUCCACAACGGCCAUGGUCUCACCUGUCGGUGGAUUUUGUCACGGACCUUCCCCCCUCCCAGGGGAAUACCACGAUCUUGGUCGUUGUGGAUUGGUUUUCUAAGGCCUGCCGUCUCAUCCCUAUGCCAGGUCUUCCUACAGCCCUACAAACGGCCGAAGCCUGAAGAUAUAGUGUCUGAUCGGGGUCCCCAGUUCACCUCUAGAGUGUGGAGGGCGUUCAUGGAACGUUUGGGGGUCUCGAUCAGCCUUACCUCGGGUUUUCACCCUGAGAGUAAUGGGCAGGUGGUGAGAGUAAACCAAGAUGUGGGUAGGUUUCUGAGGUCCUACUGCCAGGACCGGCAGGAGGAGUGGUCGGGGUAUAUUCCCUGGGCAGAGAUAGCCCAAAACUCACUCCGCCACUCCUCCACUAAUCUCACUCCUUUCCAGUGUGUGUUGGGCUAUCAGCCGGUUUUGGCACCCUGGCAUCAGAGCCAGAUCGAGGCUCCUGCAGUGGAUGAAUGGUUUCGGCGCUCGGAGGAGACAUGGAACGCUGCGCACGUCCAUCUGCAGCGGGCCAUCAGACGGCAAAAGGCGAGCGCCGAUCGCCACCGCAGUGAGGGUCCGGUUUAUGCACCGGGAGAUCGGGUCUGGCUCUCGACCAGAAACAUGCCCCUUCACCUGCCCUGCCGGAAGCUGGGCCGGCGGUUUGUGGGGCCAUUUAAAGUCCUGAGGAGAUUGAACGAGGUAUGUUAUAGGUUACAGCUGCCUGUUAAUUAUCACAUUAACCCCUCGUUCCAUGUGUCUCUCAGGCCGGUGGUAGCUGGUCCACUCCAGGAGAAUGAGGUACGAGAGGCCCCUCCGCCCCCACUAGACAUCGAAGGGGCUCCGGCGUACUCAGUCCGUUCCAUCGUGGAUUCGAGGCGUCGGAUGGGGGGUCUGCAGUAUCUCGUGGAGUGGGAGGGGUACGGUCCGGAGGAACGGUGCUGGGUCCCUAGGAGGGACAUCCUAGAUCCCUCCUGUUGACAGAGUUCCACCGGAGUCACCCAACUCGCCCUGCUCCGCGUCCUCCUGGCCGUCCCGAGGCCGGGGUCGGCGCACGGCUGGCGCCGGCGUCAAGGGGGGGGGGGGGGGGGUACUGUCACGGAUUCUGCCAAGGCUGCUCCUCCUCCUUGCUCGGGCAGGCUUCGGCGUUCGUCGUCCCCGGAGUACUAGCUACUGCCGUUCGAUGUUAUCGGUGUUUGUUUAGUUUUGUCUGUAUUGUUUACACCUGUUCGUCAUUAUGUUAAUUGUUUCCCUUAUAAUUACCCCUGUCUCUGUCAGGGGUUCUGAUGCGAAUGUGUGGUGGAAUCAAGUGCAGGACACAGGAGCUCAGUCAAACUUGACUUUACUGGCAAAGCACAAAAAUACACGGGUAAACUAACCCGGAGGCGAACAAUACGCAACAGUGCGUAAAAUACAAAACCCGACUACGCACGAACAACAGUGCGACGGUAAACUAGCGUCUGUCCAAAACAGUCGAACACCAACAGACAGGAAAACAAUUACACACAACACAUGACAGAAACAACGAGAACUUAUAGGACACAUAAUCAACACUAAACAUGAACAGGUGUACUAGACAGACCAAACCAAUCAAACAACGAAACAAAGAACGGUGGCAGCUAGUACUCCGGAGACGACGACCGCCGAAGCCUGCCCGAACAAGGAGGAGGAGCAGCCUCGGCCGAAACCGUGACAGUACCCCCCCCCUUGACGCGCGGCUCCAGCCGUGCGCCGACCCCGGCCUCGAGGACGACCAGGAGGACGCGGAGCAGGGCGCGUGGGAUGACCACGAUGGAACUCAGUCAGCAGAGAGUCAAGAUGUCUCUCGGCACCAUGCUCGGGCACCCCCCCACCCACAAGGAGACCCCCAUCCGAGUCAAUCCAAGAUGAUUCUCCCCUGAUCUCAUCUUCAUCUCAUCUUCCUUUAGUUGUGACCAGCGCCCACCGUCCUUGAGAAUAUACACUAUGGAACGAGGUGUUAAUAUUCUUAAUACUCAAUAGGCAUUUGUAAUCUGUAACCCCUAGUUCAAUCUUCCUCAGGACUUGAAACGGCCCCACAUACCGCCGACCCCAGCUAAUCCGGCAGGGCAGGCGGAGUGGCCAGUUUUCUGGUAGAGAUCCAGACUCGAUCUCAGGUGCGUACACCGGCCCCUCACUGCGGUGGAGAUCGGCGCUCGCCUUUUGACGACGGAUGGCCCGCUGCAGAUGGACGGUGCAGCGUUCCAACGUCUCCUCCGACGCCGCACCCACUCAUCCACCGCAGGAGCCUCGAUCUGGCUCUGCUGCCAAGGUGCCAGAACCGGCUGGUAACCUAACACACAUUGGAAAGGGGUUAGGUUAGUUGAGGAGUGGCGUAGGGAAUUCUGGGCCAUUUCUGCCCAAGGAACAUACCGUGCCCACUCCUCCGGCCGGUCCUGGCAGUAUGAUCUAAGAAACCUACCCACAUCCUGGUUCACGCGUUCCACCUGCCCAUUACUCUCAGGAUGGUAACCCGAGGUAAGGCUCACCGAGACCCCCAAACGCUCCAUAAAUGCUCUCCAGACUCUGGAGGUGAACUGGGGACCUCGAUCAGACACAAUAUCCUCGGGUACCCCGUAGUGCCGGAAAACGUGGGUGAAUAGCGCUUCGGCGGUCUGUAGGGCAGUAGGAAGGCCCGGCAUAGGGAGCAAACGACAGGCCUUAGAGAACCGAUCCACAACGACCAGUAUUCCCCUGCGAGGGGGGAAGGUCGGUGAUAAAGUCCACCGAGAGGUGAGACCAUGGUUGUUGUGGAACUGGCAGGGGUUGUAACUUACCCCUAGGCAGAUGUCUAGGCGCCUUACACUGGGCGCACACCGAGCAGGAGGAGACAUAAACCCUCACAUCCCUGGCUAACGUGGGCCACCAGUACUUAGCACUAAGACAGUGCACUGUCCGGCCAAUACCAGGAUGUCCAGAGGAGGGUGACUUGUGAGCCCAAUAAAUGAGUCGAUCCCGAACCUCGAGCGGAACGUACGUCCGACCCACAGGACACUGUGGAGGGCUAGGGUCAGUACGCAACGCCCGCUCGAUUUCAGAAUCGACCUCCCACACAACCGGUGCCACUAGACAAGACUCCGGUAGUAUGGAAGUGGGCUCAACGGACCUCUCCUCUGUAUCAUACCGCCGGGACAGGGCGUCUGCCUUACCGUUCUGGGACCCAGGGAUGUACGUGAUUUUAAAUACGAACCUGGCUAGAAACAUGUUCCACCGAGCCUGGCGAGGGUUCAGUCUCCUAGCUGCCCGGAUGUACUCCAGGUUCCGAUGGUCAGUCAAAAUGAGGAAAGGGUGUUGAGCCCCCUCAAGCCAAUGCCUCCACACCUUUAGGGCCUGUACCACGGCUAACAGCUCCCUGUCCCCUACGUCAUAAUUUCGCUCCGCCGGGCUGAGCUUUUUAGAGUAAAAAGCACAGGGGCGGAGUUUAGGUGGCGUGCCGGACCGUUGAGAUAGAACAGCCCCUAUACCGGCCUCAGACGCGUCCACCUCUACCUGAAAUGGUAAGGCGGGAUCCGGAUGCACCAGCACCGGAGCCGAAGUGAACAGACCCUUCAGUUUCUCAAAAGCCCUGUCCGCCUCAGCUGACCACUGCAAGCGCACCGGACCCCCUUUCAGAAGGGACGUGAUGGGAGCUGCUACCUGUCCAAAACCCCGGAUAAACCUCCGGUAGUAAUUCGCAAAGCCUAAGAACUGCUGCACCUCUUUAACAGUGGUUGGGGUUUGCCAAUUACGCACGGCUGACACACGGUCCACCUCCAUCUUCACCCCUGAUGCGGACAACCGAUAACUCAAAAAGGAGACCGACUCCUGGAAAAACAGACAUUUCUCUGCCUUGACAUACAGGUCGUGCUCCAACAGCCUCCUCAACACUCAAAAGCACCAGGGCUACAUGCUCGGCUCGGGUAGGAGAGUACACCAGAAUGUCAUCAAUGUACACGACCACACCUUGCCCCUGCAUGUCCCGGAAGAUCUCAUCCACGAAUGAUUGGAAAACCGAAGGAGCGUUCAUCAACCCGUAUGGCAUGACGAGAUACUCGUAAUGACCCGAGGUGGUACUUUUCCAUUCAUCGCCCUCCCUAAUGCGCACCAAGUUGUACGCGCUCCUGAGAUCCAGUUUUGUGAAGAAACGCGCUCCGUGCAAUGACUCUGUCAUAGUCGCAAUCAGAGGGAGAGGAUAACUGUACUUCACAGUAAUCUGAUUGAGACCACGGUAAUCAAUGCACGGGCGCAACCCUCCAUCCUUUUUCUUCACAAAAAAGAAGCUCGAGGACGCAGGGGAAGUGGAGGGCCGUAUGUAUCCUUGUCUCAAAGAUUCGGCUAUGUAAGUCUCCAUAGCCCUUUUCUCCUCUUGAGACAACGGAUACACGUGGCUCCGCGGGAGCGCCGCUCCUGCCUGGAGGUCUAUCGCACAAUCCCCCUGUCUGUGGGGAGGCAACUGCGUCGCCCUCGAUUUACUGAACACAAGUGCCAAAUCCCCAUAUUCAGGGGGAAUGUGCAUUGCGGGCACUUGGUUUGGACUUUCCACCGAGGUCGCCCCCACGGAAACACCCAGACAUCGCCCCUCACACUGAGCAGACCACUCCUUGAGAGCCCUCUGUUGCCACGAAAUGGAAGGGUUAUGGGUACUUAACCAGGGAAUUCCCAGCACCACCGGGUACGCAGGAGAGUCGAUCAGAUAUAGCUGAAUAUUCUCCUCAUGACCCCCCUGCGUACACAUCUUAAGUGGUGCUGUGACCUCCCUAAUCAACCCCGAACCCAACGGGCGGCUGUCUAAUGCAUGAACGGGAAAUGGAGUGUCAACCGGAAUGAGGGGAAUCCCUAACUCUAAACAAAAUUUCCGAUCAACAAAAUUCCCAGCUGCGCCUGAAUCUACUAGCGCCUUAUGCUGGGAAUGAGGUGCAACCUGUGGAAAACUUACAGGUAUACAAAAAUGUACAACAGAAAGCUCUGGGUGAGUGGGGCGUCUACUCACCUGGAAUGGCUCCCCAGUGCGUGGCCUGUUGUCCCCUCCCAAUGGAGACCCUCCCCAGCACCUGGCCGCAGUGUGCCCUCCACGGCCACAAGUGGUGCAGGGGACAGCCUCCCUCGGGCUCCUUCUCCUCCUCUCUCUAGCGCCAGCACCUCCGAGCUCCAUAGGGCUCGGCUCGGAGGUGCUGGAGGAUGGAAUGGACGGACCCCACUCGGAACGUCCACGGGUGGCCAGCAGGGUGUCCAGACGUAUGGACAUGUCGACCAGCUGGUCGAACGUAAGGGUGGUGUCCCUGCAAGCCAACUCACGUUGGACGUCCUCCCGUAAACUACAACGAAAGUGAUCGAUGAGGGCCCGUUCAUUCCACCCUGCAUCUGCCGCUAGAGUCCGGAACUCCAGUGCGAACUCCUGGGCGCUCCUCCUCCCCUGUCGGAGGUAGAAUAGACGCUCCCCCGCCGCUUUCCCCUCAGGGGGAUGGUCGAACACGGCCCUGAAGCGACGGGAGAACUCCGCAUAGGAGAUGGUGGUGGCGUCUAUCCUCCUCCAUUCGGCAUUGGCCCAUUCCAACGCCUUGCCGGUGAGACAGGAGAUGAGGGCGGAAACGCUCUCGUGUCCCGAGGGCACCGGGUGUACAGUGGCCAGGUAGAGCUCCACCUGCAGGAGGAACCCCUGACACCCGGAAGCUGUGCCGUCAUACGCCCUCGGGAGCAAGAGCCGAAUCCCACUGGGUUCCGGAACAUGGACGGUCGGACUGACCGAUGGUGGUGGUGAGGUAGGUGGAGGUGUGGGUAACCCUCUGGACUCCCAUCGGUGCAAGGUGUUAAUGACGUCCUGCAGAGCGGUCCCCAUUCGCUGGAUCUGAUCAUCCUGGCUGCGGACGCGCUCCUCCAACGACUCAGGCGCUGCUGUCGCUCCUGCUGAUUCCAUAGAUGGUGUGUAAUUCUGUCAGGGGUUCUGAUGCGAAUGUGUGGUGGAAUCAAGUGCAGGACACAGGAGCUCAGUCAAACUUGACUUUACUGGCAAAGCACAAAAAUACACGGGUAAACUAACCCGGAGGCGAACAAUACGCAACAGUGCGUAAAAUACAAAAACCCGACUACGCACGAACAACAGUGCGACGGUAAACUAGCGUCUGUCCAAAACAGUUGAACACCAACAGACAGGAAAACAAUUACACACAACACAUGACAGAAACAACGAGAACUUAUAGGACACAUAAUCAACACUAAACAUGAACAGGUGUACUAGACAGACCAAACCAAUCAAACAACGAAACAAAGAACGGUGGCAGCUAGUACUCCGGAGACGACGACCGCCGAAGCCUGCCCGAACAAGGAGGAGGAGCAGCCUCGGCCGAAACCGUGACAGUCUCUCAUCUGUACUUUGUGUGUGAUUGUUUUCCCCUUCACGGUUGUCUAUUUUGUGAGCGGGUUAUUUCCUCCCUGCGUGGAGUUAUUUUCUGUGUCCUUUUGGAUCCUUUUCGUAUUAUAAGUACGUAUCCGAGAGUUCUGUGUCCUGCGCCUGACUUCGUUUACCGCAUCUCACAGACAAUCGUGACACUUGGAAGUUCAAACCUUUUGAUGCUAUUUUAUGUGGUUGAGAUUAUGAUUAUGACGUAUGUAUGAUGGUGAUCUGAAAAUAUUUAUUUUCUGUGGUCUCAUAGCUAUGACUCCGGAACCAUCAACGCCUCUGCAGAAGGCGUGAACAUCCUCACUGUCCUGCACAUGACCAGAGAUGAGUUGGGGCGCCUCAAGAUCUCCAACAUCACCUGCGAUGCCUCCAUUGCCAAAAUGAAAAUGAAGUUCACUGGCACCUUGGGGUAAAUAAAUCCUGUUGAUAGUCUUUUUAAAACACUUAAGCUGCUUUCUUGACCAGUGACCACGUAUCAAGUGUCUCAGAGUAGGAGUGCUGAUCUAAGAUCAGGUCCUCCCUGUCUAUAAUAAUUGUAAUCAUUAUUAUUUAAAAGGCAAAACUGAUCCUGAGUCAGGUCUCCCUUGACAAAUAGGUUUUUUAAUGUUAAUCUUGUGUGCAAUGGAGACUAAUUGCAGUAUAAUGUGGCUAUUGGCAAUAUUGGAGCAUUUUUCAGCUUUUGAAUUUUUGAACAUGAGUGGGUGUAAUUCAAUGAUUUACAACUCUGGUUUGCUCCGUUUCAGGAGGGUGUAUGACUUCCUGGCGACAUUCUUGACCACAGGAAUGCGCUUCCUUCUGAACCAACAGGUGCUGACAGAUCAGUUGAUUUCAUUCUAGAACACUGGUUACACUUACAACAUAUGAACACGUAUGAUUAAAUAUUCAUUGGCUGAGCUGGCAAAUCAGCUGUUCACUCGUCAUGAAUAUUUAUGAUGACCGUGUUAAGCCCACAUCGUUCUUUUCAGAAUGAACAGGGCAAGUAGGGGUACACAUAAAAGCUACUUUUUAACAUACUGGAUUAUAAUUUUUGGAAGAAAAUCUAUUUCGCUCAUAUUGUAAUUCUUAUAGGCUAUAUUUCAUUGAAAUCUGGGGCACUGGACAGUUACUUUAACAUGUGUCUGUUCUUUUCAUAGAUCUGCCCUGUCAUGAACCACGCUGGUUUGGUUCUAAUCAACUCUUUGUUGGAGACAAUUCCAGGUAAGAUAGUACAGUGGUUCAUUGGAAAAUGCCUUGAGAGAUUGGUUAUAACAUAACUAACGUUUAAAAAAGUUACUUUUUUGACCGUUUUGCACACAGAAAGAUAAUUUUGUGUUUGUUUUAAUUUGGACCCAUCCAGUGCGAACAGAAGUGGACAAGUAUGUGGGGAUCGACUACUCUCUCCUAAGUGACCCAGUGGUGACUUCAAGGAGUCUUGACAUGGAUUUCAGGGUGAGUGAGAUAGUCUAGCUAGCUGUGCAUUAGUCUCAUGCAUCGUGCUCAUACCGUGUGUAUAUUAUGGAUGUAUGUUUGGGUAACACAUUAUUUGAAGGGUACAUACAUAAGCACUUCAUAACACAUCCAGAACCAUAUAUUAUGCAUUCAUAAGUCACAGUAAUAUCACUGAUACUGCCUAUUAUCAACAUGCAAUUGUUGACAUAAACAAAAUGCUUAUAGAUUAUAAUUGUAAUAUGAAGCCCUUAGGGACCCCUAAAAUAAAGUGUUACCUAUUUUUGUAUCUCACUCUCAUCUCUACAGUAUUUCAUCUUCCUCUCUCUCUCACUGUGCCAAACAGGGCAUGUUCUUUGAGCUCGGGAACGAGAGCAACACCUUGGUCAACUAUGCCAUCAACCCAAUUGUGAGAGAGUACGACCGCAUGGUGUACCUGGCUCUGUCCGAGUACUUCUUUGACAGUGGGUUGUACUCCUAUUAUAAAGCUGGCAUAUUACAAAUUAAUAUCGCCAACGAGCAUGUAAGUAUGAGGCCUGAGUCCCCCAUUUUGUCUUGCAACCGUACUCUCUCCCCUGCAUUUUAGCCUACACAUGACAUGACGCAAGUAAUUCUUAGCUCCAAGGUGUAAAUUAUUCCAUAUUGUCUGAUAAGGCCUUUAAGAAUUGUUGUCUGCAUCAGAGGUGCUGCCAGACAUGUUGACACAGAUUUUAAUAAGCAGCUGAGUCAUGCUUGGUACUGCACCUCUUUACAUAAUGAGGUGAUCUGCCCAAUCAUUAGGCUGAAAAUAUGUACUAGUGAAAAAGGAGUCUCUGCAUACUUAAAUCAGAUGCAAUUUCAGAGUUCUUAUUUUUUAUUUUUCACAGCAUACCAAUAUUGUUCUGGUAGUAAUAUGACAUGAAUAUAGUAAUUUCUAUAUUAAUACUAUGUUUUCAGAUGCCAAAGGAUCUGGAGAUGCUCCUCAGGACGACCUAUUUUGGCACCAUUAUGAUGAUUGUGAGUAUGUAUGUCGGGAUUGUGACCUAAUGCCCCCACAAAUAGGGUCAAGACAUUGAAUUCCACUUUUGCAUUCCACUCACUCACUCCUGUGUGUGUGUGAGUGUGUGCGCGCGUGCGUGUGUGUGUGUAUGUGUGUGCAUGCAUUUGUGUGUGUAUGUCAGAACCCAGCCCUAGUGGAGUACCCCAUCUCCCUGCAACUGGAGUUGAACUCUGCCCCCAAGACAACCAUCAAGACCUCCGGGGCCACCGUGGCCAUCACCGCCAUCGUCACGGUGAUGGUGCUACCUCCCGGCAAGGCGCCUGUUCAGCUCAGCAGCAUGACCAUGGUGAGAAAGAAGACGUCUUGUCUUUGUCAGCUACUGAUAUUUAUCAAAAAAUAAGAAAGGAAAAAAAGGUGGGAAAAUGGUAUUGUUUUUUUAUCGAUUGUAUUGCCUUUGACGUGAUCCAAUAAAAACAACUGUUCACAAAAAAAAGCUUUCUUCCUUUCGUUGAGGUAAUCACUGAUCCGUAAGUGAGAGGAUGGGUGAAAACGUGGUUUCCACCCAUUGCUCUCACCAGUUUUACCAUGUCAGAUCAGUGAUUUCCUCAAGGUAAGCAGGAAGGAAAAGUGUAGAGACCAGUGCACUGAUAAAGUUUAUCUUUCUGUUCCUUGCAGGAGGCCAAAUUCAAUGCCAAGGUGUCCAUGAAGGGCAAGAGACUGGCUGUUCAAGCAGACUUGAGGAGGUAGGCAUGCAUGUAUUCACACACACGCAGGCAUACAUACACAUACAAACACACCCCCACACAUACACACACAAUAUCACUGUAGCGUCACAGGCAAAUUCAUUAAGUGUAUUCUGUUUUUAUUGACAGGUUGAAAAUCUACUCCAACCAGUCUGCUUUGGAAUCACUGGCGGUAAGAUUCUGUGCUCUCUCUCGCUCUUUCUAACAAUUCUGACCCUAUAUAAUUUCACUUGCACUACAUUCAACCUAAUGCCUUAACCCAAAUCAAGACUAAUAAUGAAGACCAAUGAAACAACACCUGUUUUCACAAUAUAAAAGUAAAGAGCAAAUAUUUAAUUUUGAGGGGAUUUAUAAAGAAAUGAAUUCAGAGAACAUUGCUUGAUAAUGCAAAAUAUGUUGUCUCUGUCCAGAAUCAAAAUGUGUAUCUUUUGACAGGUAUUUCCAUGUCAGAAUCAUCCCGUUUUCGUUUGGAUGAACUUACGGAUCCCUUUGGGGAUCUCUUAUGGCAUAUAGGCCUACCCUUAACGUUUUUCUGAGGAAAGCACACAUUCUCAGGGAACAUUGAGGAAUUAAACUCUUUGUAGGAAUAAUAAAACUCAGAAAUGAACCUUUGGAUAUCUGGGCAGCAGUCAUAAUCAGAUGAAAAAAGGCCUUCCGGCAAGCCAAUGUCUAUCUCUCUAGCUUGAUAGGUGACAUAGUUGGACCAUGAUUUAGUAUUGGUCUGAAGAAAGAUGUUAUUUUCUUUAUUAGCACAUUACAUAGCAGUGGUCUGUUGCAUGGUUGUCUUCUCCUCCGGGAUCGAUAGGAUAGCUGUACAUUAAACAGGAACUUUACUGACCUCAACAGUUCCGUUAUACUCCUUGCUUCUCUCAAUUAUCAAUGCAUCAGAAAUGGAUCCAGCAGAAUAGAUGCCCUGACUGGUAGAAUGAGGUUGUUCCACUGCGCUGGACUCAUAAACCAUAACAGUCUCAAUCUCAAAGGGAGUGUUUUGCCAAGUCCUUCUCAUUCCUUACGGAGUCAUGGACUUUUCAGGGGCAGUCCGAGUUUGAUGGGUGAUCCCUUCUUGAAUCGGUGUUAAUCACAACUGGUUUAUAAAACUUCAUAUUCAAGGUUACAUUUCAAAUAGACAUCAUACACAUCGGGGUUGUCCACAUUGAUGCGUUUUAGAAUGUAGUCCUUUACACUCCUUGUAAAUCAGAGGACUGCCAGAACUGUGAACGUUUUCAUCCACCUUGAUGCAGCUUCUGGUUUAAGUGGUUUGGAGGCACAGCAUCGUGUGAUGGGCCUGCAUGGAGAUCAACAUAGUAAGAUAUACUACACAAGGAAGUGUAUCAUUUGAAAAAUACGUAAAAGUAGAUUUAUCUUUGAAAUAACAUUCAUACCUUGACACUUUGCUGGUUUUAUGUCUCUUUCCAUUCUUGGAACGCCACAACAGCAAAUAAUCUGGAAUUCAACAGAACAUCAUUCACCAUUAUCGUUGAACAGUCACAAAGUGUAGAAAAUAGAAAGGUCAUUCCACGAAAUGAGUGCAUUUUGUGUCCCUUUUAUAUUUUAAGUAGAAAUUGUGCACCAAUAUUGAUUUUUAAAAGCCUGUUAUAUUUAAUGAAAUGCCCUUCAAUGUAGACCACAUGGAUAAUUCAAUACAUCUGAAUGAAGAAAGACUUGCUAAAGUGACAAAAUUCAGCAUUUUGACAUGUCCCUCCGUGCACCCUCUGUGACUUCUAGGAAGGUUUUAACUCACUUAACCCAAACAUUCCUCCACGUUUUCACCUUCAUUGUAAAGCCCUAUAUUUAUUUGUUGCUUUGACAAAGUCAUUUCAGAAGAUUAUUAUUUAUUUAUUGUGAUUAGUGAUUAAUUUACAGUGCCUUCAGAAAGUAUUCAUACCCCUUGACUUAUUCCACAUUUUGUUGUUACAGCUUGAAUUAAAAAUGGAUUCAAUUGUUGUUGUUUUUUGUCACCCAUCUACACACAAUACCCCAUAAUGACAAAGUGAAAACAUGUUUCUAGAAAAUGUUUGCAAAUUUAUUGAAAAUGAUAUACAGAAAUAUCUAAUUUACAUACGUUUUCACACCCCUGAGUCAAUCCACGUUAGAAUCACCUUUGGCAGCGAUUACAGCUGUGAGUCUUUCUGGGUAAGUCUCUAAGAGCUUUGCACACCUGGAUUGUACAAUAUUUGCCCAUUAUUCUUUAUAAAAUUCUUCAAGCUCUGUCAAAUUGUUUGUUGAUCAUGGCUGGACAAUCAUGUUCAGGUCUUGCCAUAGAUUUUCAAGUAGAUUUAAGUCAAAACUGUAACUCAGCCACUCAGGAACAUUCACUGUCUUCUUGGUAAGCAACUCCAGUGCAGAGUUGGCCUUGUGUUUUAGGUUAUUGCCCUGCUGAAAGGUGAAUUCAUCUCCCAGUGUCUGGUGGAAAGCAGAUUGAACUAGAUUUUCCUCUAGGUUUUUGCCUGUGCUUGGCUCCUUUCCAUUUCUUUUUUAUUCUGAAAAACUCCCCAGUCCUUAACGAUUACAAGCAUACCCAUAACAUGAUGCAGCCACCACUAUGCUUGAAAUAUGGAGAGUGGUACUCAGUAAUGUGUUGUAUUGGAUUUGCCCCAAACAUAACACUUUGUAUUCAGGACAAAAACUUAAUUGCUUUGUCAAUUUUUUUUGCAGUAUUACUUUAGUGCCUUAUUUCAAACAGGAUGCAUGUUUUGGAAUAUUUGUAUUAUGUACAGGCUUCCUUCUUUUUAUUCUGUCAAUUACAGUGGCUUGUGAAAAUAUUCACCCCCCUUGGCAUUUUUCCUAUUUUGUUGCAUUACAACCUGGAAUUAAAAUUGAUUUUGGGAGGAUUUGUAUCAUUUGAUUUACGCAACAUGCCUACCACUUUGAAGAUGCAAAAUACUUUUUGGGGUGAAAAAAACAAGAAAUAUUACAAAAAAACUGAACUUAAGCGUGCAUAACUAUUCACCCCCCCCAAAGUCAAUACUUUGUAGAGCCACUUUUUGCAGCAAUUACAGCUGCCCAUUCUUCAAGGCAAAACUGCUCCAGCUCCUUCAAGUUAGAUGGGUUCCGCUGGUGUACAUCAAUCUUUAAGUCAUACCACAGAUUUUCAAUUGGGUUGAGGUCUGGGCUUUGACUAGGCCAUUCCAAGACAUUUAAAUGUUUCCCCUUAAACCACUGGUCAAUUUUAGUCUAAUCUGACCAGAGUACCUUCUUCCAUAUGUUUGGGGAGUCUCCCACAUGCCUUUUGGCGAACACCAAACGUGUUUGCUUAUUUUUUUCUUUAAGCAAUGGCUUUUUUCUGGCCACUCUUCCGUAAAGCCCAGCUCUGUGGAGUGUACGGCUUAAAGUGGUCCUAUGGACAGAUACUCCAAUCUCCGCUGUGGAGCUUUGCAGCUUUGGUCUCUUUGUUGCCUCUGAUUAAUGCCAUCCUUGCCUGGUCCGUGAGUUUUGGUGGGCGGCCCUCUCUUGGCAGGUUUCUUGUGGUGCCAUAUUCUUUCUAUUUUUUAAAAAUGGAUUUAAUGGUGCUCCGUGGGAUAUUCAAAGUUUCUGAUUUAAAAAAAUUAUAACCCAACCCUGAUCUGUACUUCUCCACAACUUUGUCCCUGACCUGUUUGGAGAGCUCGUUGGUCUUCAUGGUGCCGCUUGCUUGGUGGUGCCCCUUGCUUAGUGUUGUUGCAGACUCUGGGGCCUUUCAGAACAGGUGUAUAUAUACUGAGAUCAUGUGACAGAUCACGUGACAUUUAGAUUGCACACAGGUGGACUUUAUUUAACUAAUUAUGUGACUUCUGAAGGUAAUUGGUUGCACCAUAUCUUAUUUAGGGGCUUCAUAGCAAAGGGGGUGAAUACAUAUGCACGCACCACUUUCCCAUUAUUUAUUAUUUAGAAUUUUUUGAAACAAGUAAUUUUUUUCAUUUCACUUCACCAAUUUUGACUAUUUUGUGUAUGUCCAUUACAUGAAAUCCAAAUAAAAAUCUAUUUAAAUUACAGGUUGUAAUGCAACAAAAUAGGAAAAAUGCCAAGGGGGAUGAAUACUUUGCAAGGCACUGUAUACUGAACAAAAAUAUAAAUGCAACAUGCAACAAUUUCAAAGAUUUUACUGAGUUAGUUCAUAUAAAUUCAUUAGGCCAUAAUCUAUGGAUUUCCCAUGACUGGGAAUACAGAUAUGCAUCUGUUGGUCACAGACACUGUAAAAAAAAAAAGUAGGGGCGUGACCACCAUUUGCCUCAUGCAGCGCAACACAUCUCUUUUGCGAGUUGAUCAGGCUGUUGAUUGUGGCCUGUGGAAUGUUGUCCCACUCCUCUUCAAUGGCUGUGCGAAGUUGCUGAAUAUUGGCGGGCACUGGAACACGCUGUCGUACACGUCGAUCCAGAACAUCCCAAACAUGCUCAAUGAGUGACAUGUCUGGUGAGUAUGCAGGCCAUGGAAGAACUGGGACAUUUUCAGCUUCCAGGAAUUGGGUACAGAUCCUUGCGACAUGGGGCCAUGCAUUAUCAUGCUGAAACAUGAGGUGAUGGCGGCAGAUGAAUGAAAUGACAAUGGGCCUCAAGAUCUCGUCAUGGUAUCUCUGUGCAUUCAAAUUGCAAUUGAUCAAAUAUAAUUGUGUUCGUUGUCCGUAGCUUAUGCUUAUGACAACUCCAGUAGUCAAUUGAACUCUACAUUUUUUUACUCUGUGAUUUCAACUCUCCUUGAUUUACUGUGUAACUAUGUCUAUGGGUGAUGCUGGGACCAUGGGGCACUCUGUUCACAUCGUUGACAUCAGCAAACCGCUCGCCCACAUGACGCCAUUUACAUGGUCUGCGGUUGUGAGGCCAGUUGGACAUACUGCCAAAUUCUCUAAAACGAUGUUGGAGGCAGCUUAUGGUAGAGAAAUUAACAUUAAAUUCUCUGGCAACAGCUCUGGUCGACAUUCCCGCAGUCAGCAUGCCAAUUGCACGCUCCCUCAAAACUUGAUACAUAUGUGGUAUUGUGUUGUGUGACAAAACUGCACAUUUUAAAGUGGCCUUUUAUUGUACCCAGCACAAGGUGCACCUGUGUAAUGUUCAUGCAGUUUAUUCAGCUUCUUGAUAUGCCACACCUGUCAAAUGGAUGGAUUAUCUUGGCAAAAUGCUCACUAAAAGGGAUGUAAACAAAUUUGUGCACAACAUUUUAGAGAAAUAAGCUUUUUGUGUUUAUGGGAAAUGUCUGAGAUCUUGUAUUUCAGCUCAUGAAACAUGGGACCAACACUUUACAUGUUGCGUUUAUAUUUUUGUUCAGUGUAUUGUGUGACUUGUUAAGCACAUUUUUACUCCUGAAUUUAUUUAGGCUGGCCAUAACAAAGGGGUUGAAUACUUAUUGACUCAAGAAAUUUCAGCUUUUCAUUUUUAAUUAAUUUGUAAAAAAUUCAAAAAACAUAAUUCCACUUUGAAAUGAUGGGGUAUUGUGUGUAGGCCAGUGACAUUUUUUCUCUCUCAAUUGAAUCCAUUUGAAAUUCAGGCUGUAACACAACAAAAUGUGGAAAAAGUCAAGGGGUGUGAAUACUUUCUGAAGGCACUGUAUCCCUGUCCCUCAUUUUAAGGACAACCCUAUUACGUGAACUGAACUCUCGUUUUAAUUUGGUGAAACAAUUCAUUAAAAAAAUCAAAAAACAUUCUAAAAGAAACAUUUAACAUCUAAUAGCCAAAUCAGUGUAAAAGCAGUUGAGCUGGUUCUACUAUUUUUCGCCAUUUUCUGUUGUUUUGUGUUGGAAGACUGAUGUCGAGCAUAACACGCCAACCCUGUUACCUAUAGAUACACAGGCUAUAAUGUUUUAACUAUUUCACAUUUUUGGUGAAGCUUGCAUUCAAUUGCCACUCCAUGCUUCCAUUCCCCCUGUCACAACGGGGGCUGAUUUUAGAUGAACUCAACAUGCGAGACAGCCAUCCACGGUCUCCCCUACCAUUAACCCUUCCAAAGCUUACAGUAAUAUAUCACAGGUAUGUCUCUUUGUUCUGUCUCUAUAGCUUAUUCCCCUACAAGGCCCCCUCAAGACUAUGCUGCAGAUAUCAAUAGUACCUAUCAUCAAUAGUGAGUAUCCUUUUAAAGCAGAUCAGUUUAACCCCACAAUAAAUACUCAAUGUCCAUAAAACAUGUAACUCAGAUAACAAAAACAUGUAUUUUUUCAAUUGAUUGUUGACUUUGUAUUUUCAAGCCUUCAUCCGUAAUACAAUUUCAGACUGGACCAAGAGAGGCGUCGCUAUCCCUCUUGCAGAUGGUAUGGACUUCAUAGCGGAAGUGGUGGAGUAUCAUAACGUAAGUCUCAAGGCUUCUGUUACUUCUACUAUGCGAGAAGGACACAUUUGAUAUACUAAUCAAAUUCUAGCUAAGCAGCUUCUCCCACCUUUCACUUGACCUUUCAGGGUUACCUCAUCAUUGGGGCAAACCUACAUUUCAGCAAGGGCCUGAGGGAGGUGAUUGAGAGGAAGAUCCAGGCUGAUGCCGAGAACGCCAUC